CACAGCUGCUCUCUUUGAUAGUAGAGGAGUCUUUCUCACUCCUCUACACACUCUCUCAGUGCUCCUGCUGAAUUUCAUCAGAAUGGAGAUCUGUUCCCAACCUACUAAUGGUGACCCCAAGGCUGAUGUCACCCAAGACUUCACUGAUGAUCUGGAUCAGCAGCUGGAGGACAUUAUCAACACCUAUCAGGUGACUGAACAGCCCGGUGAACCUGAGGAUGUGGAGGAAGAGGUCGUCACAGACGGGAAAGAAGCAGGCAAAGCCAAAGACCAGAAGCUGGAGAAGAAGAUGUUAAAAAGUCUUGGGAAGGAAGCCAUGCAGCUCAUGCAAAGCCUGAAUAAACUCGGAACCCCUGAGCAGAAACUGGAGGCUCUCAUUAAAAAACAUGCUGAACUGUUGGAGGAGCAUCGCUCUGAUCAGAAACAGUUGAAGGUUCUGCAGAAGAAACUUCUCCAGGUGUUGAAAGAGAAAGACCAGCUGCAGAGUGAACACAGCAGAGCCGUACUGGCCCGCAGUAAACUAGAAGGCCUGUGCAGGGAGCUGCAAAGACACAACAAGACAUUAAAGGAGGAAACUCUACAGAGGUGCCGUGAAGAUGAACUGAAGAGGAAGGAAAUCACCACGCAUUUCCAGAGCACCCUCACAGACAUCCAGGCCCAAAUCGAGGAGCACAGCAGCCGUAACAACAAACUGUGCCAAGAGAACAGUGACCUGGCUGAUAAACUCAAGGAUCUCAUUUCUAAAUAUGACCAACGAGAAGCGAAUCUUGAAAAAGUGUUCAAACACAGAGACCUGCAGCAGAAAUUACUGGAGACAAAACUCACACAGGCCAACUUGAUGCUGAAAGACUCAGAAGAGCGACACAAACGGGAGAAGGAGCAUUUAUUGAAGCAGACUGCAGAAGCCAAAAUACAUGUGAAACUUCUCAAAGAACAGGAGAAUGACAUGAAGACCCAGCUUGCUGUAUAUUCUGAGAAGUUUGAUGAAUUCCAAGGAACGGUAUCUAAGAGUAACGGUGUGUAUGCUAGCUUCAAGCAGGACAUGGACAAGAUGGCCAAAAGGAUGAAAAAGCUUGAGAAAGAGGCGAUGGCUUGGAAAUCCCGUUUUGAUGGCUGCAAUAAAGCUCUUGUUGAUAUGGUUACAGAUAAAGCACUGAAGGAGAAGGAGUUUGAACUCUUCACCCUGAAGACCCAGAAACUGGAGAAUCUCUGUAGAGCUCUUCAGGAUGAGAGGAAAACCCUGCAACAGAAGCUCCAAAGUUCCCAACAGCCUGGAGUCGAUGCCACAGUUGCAACCGAGCAGGUCCCUACUGAGAACAAGGGUGUUACAGAAGCCACAGAGGAAAUUACAGUAAUUAAAGAUGAAGUGGCAGCCAAAACAGAAAUGGUCACCCAAGAUGCCCCCAAAGAACCAACCAGUGAGUCCUCUGUAGAGGCAACGCCUUUGACCAAAGAGCUCGCCAAUCUGAAGGCUGAGAAAGCUCGGCUACAAGAGCUAGCGGCAAGUUUUACUAUCCAACGCCACUUGCCGCUAGAGGACUGUGAGGACUCAAACAGCUGUGAAUUUUCUGAUGGCACAGACACCCCUCAAGAUGGGCAACAGGCUACAGGGGGCGACGCUGAACUUGAGCAGAACUUUACAGAGGAGAUGGGCCCCAUCACAGACACACUGUCUGAAGAGCAGCAAGAGCUUAGAGACAAAGAUAUGCAGUCAGUUGAUUAAAAAGGCUCAUCUGAAUGUCCUUUUGUCACACAUUCACAAAUAAAGUUUAUACUGCAA